CUCAUGUCAGAACACGAGGAGUAUCUUGCAGUGCUCAAGGCCUCAUACGACUACGAGCCCCAGUCAGAGGACGAGCUUGCGAUCACUGAGAACCAAAUCGUCUUUCUCCUUGAACGUACCGAUGAUGAUUGGUGGAAAGUCAAGAUAAAAGGCGAAUCACAGGAAGAAGAUAGCCCAUCUGGCCUUGUUCCUGCUGCUUAUGUCGAGCAGGCUGAGCACACGUCUCUCGUUAGAGCUCUCUAUGACUAUGAUUCCGUUGCACCCGGAGAGCUGUCUAUCAAGGAGGACGAGAUUCUCAUGGUCUUCGACCGUGAAGAAGACUGGAUGCUUGUUCAAAGCAAGAACGAGGGCGGUAAGGCUGGUUUUGUACCAGGAAACUAUGUCGAAGAGACGACUGGCGUGCAAAGCACACCGGCGUCUGCUCCCGUAGCACCACAGAUCGUCAUUCCGCCAUCGCCUGAACCCCCAGCUCGCCCCGUGAGCGUGUACGUGGACCCUGCUGACAGAGUCGCCCAGUCCAAAGCUCAAGCUCGUGUGAGCGACGAGAUCAAGACCUGGCCCGUGUCUGAAGUAGACAAGAAAGGCAAGAAAAAAAAGGGCACUCUCGGCGUUGGUAAUGGUUCCCUCUUCUUCGCAAGCGAGUCAGACAAGACUCCGGUGCAGAAAUGGCAGAUAUCUGACGUCGAGGACAUAUCCGUGGAGAAGAACAAGCACGUGCAUAUUGGCAUUGGCGGGCCCAGCGCAACAAAGCUGCACUUCAACGUUGGAAGCAGAGACACAGCUGAUGCCGUGGUCGAGAAGCUGCAGGCCUCUCGUACAAUUGCGUCCGCUGAGCAACGUGCCGUUAGUUCUCCGUUGCCGCGCUCGGAGGUAAGCAGCCCGGUGAAGAAACACGUCGCUUCCGUGCGGUUUGCGGAGGAAUCUCCUGCAAUUAUUCCACCACGCGAACCCUCGGAGGAUGGCGAGGAGGCAGAGGAAGAGAUACAGGAAGGUGUUCAGAGUGCGGAUGAUGGCGAACCUGCCGUCGCAUUAUAUGACUUCGAGGGCACGGGUUCAGAUGAAUUGACCGUUCAAGAGGGCGAGCGGCUGUGGAUUAUCGAGAAAGAGGGUGAAGAAUGGUGGAAGUGCAGGAAUGAGCAUGGGAUUGAGGGUGUUGUGCCUGCGUCGUAUCUCGAGAGCACUGGAGGGGCAUCUAUUACUACAGAGCUAGAGGAUGACGGUGCUGCCGAACGUGAAGAGCAGGAGCGUCUCGAGGCCGAAAGGAAAGAGGGGGAACGACGGGAACGCGAGCGUGCCGAAAAGGAGCGGAAGAAAAAGGAGCAGGAGCAACGCGCGAAGGCUGCCGCUGCAGCGGCAGAGGUCGACAAGAAGCGGCGUGAAAAGGAGGAGGCUGCCGCUGCCGCCGAAGCCGAACGUGUACCUUCCGCGGAGUCUACACGUAUAUGGCACGACCGCAGUGGCCAGUUCCGUGUCGAAGCUGCUUUUCUUGGGUACUCCAACGGCAAGCUCCGUCUACACAAAGUCAACGGUGUCGUCAUUGAGGUUCCAUCGGAGAAGAUGUCCCUCGAAGACAUCCGCUAUGUUGAGCGACUUACUGCCAAAAAUAUCAACCCUCCCGCAGCGCAACGCCGUCAUUCCGAUGAUGACGAUCAGCCGCUUGCGCUCAAGCAGAAGGAAGUCGCACGGCGGGCGACCAUGUCAGCGCAGCCGAAGAAGCCGCAGACGGAUUGGUUCGAGUUUUUCCUGAAUGCAGGCUGCGACGUUGAUGAUUGCACGCGAUAUGCGUCCUCCUUCGAGCGUGACAAGAUUGAUGAGGCAAUCCUCCCAGACACCACUGAGUCCACAAUGCGUUCGCUGGGUCUGCGUGAGGGCGACAUCAUCCGCGUCACGAAGUAUAUCCAGCAGAAGUUUGCGAAACCCAAGAAGGAUACGUCACAAGAGCAGCUUAUUCGCGACGAAGAACUGGCACGACAGCUACAAGAAGAGGAGAACGGCGGCAGGAGUAAAGGGUCAUCAAGUCCUGCGCCCAACCUAUUUGCUGGUCCAGGAGGCGUUCUCAAGAACAAUACCCAGCGCCGCGGGAGACCGCAGCCUAGCAAGAGUCUGCCACCCCCGUCUGUCGACCUCAGUGCCAUUAGCACCGCCUCUGACCAGAUUAAACGGACUGGUUCGCCUCUCGUCGGAAGCCCUGCCACUCUCACACCAGUGCAGCUACCUCAGAGAUCAAGUUCAACGGUACCCGUUACUAGUGGCUUUGACGACGAUGCUUGGACGAACAGACCGGGGUCUAAACCUUCAGCUGCUCGUGCACCAUCGGCACCGCCAGUUGCUGCUACCGCACCUAUAAUUGCGCCUGUCUCGGCUGCACCGACGCCGCCCCCUACUGCGCCAGCGCAGGCUACAGCAACUGGCAAUGGCCUUGCGAAGACUGAUGCUGACAUCUUCGACCAGCUUUCGCGCCUCAGUCAGCUGAAAACAAGUCGUCCUUCUCCAUCCCCAGCGCCUCCUGCUGCGCCAAGUCCACCAGUAAUAUCCCCACCACCUGUCUCAUACAACGCUGGCCUUGGAAUGGGUCCUUCUCCUACUCCAAUUGGACAACACCUACAGAUGCAGCAAACAGGUGUUCUUCCCCAGCCCCAGCAAGGCCCCCGUGGACCAUUCGCUCCCGUUCCAGCAAAUCAAAGUCUGUUGCAGCCUCUCAUACCCACUACAACAGGGUUCAACAGCUUUGUGUCAACACGCCCAUUCAACUCGUCGCCUUUCCAGGGUCAGGCACCACCUUCAUUCCUGUCAGCGCAGCCAACGGGCUUCCCCGGCACAACACAACCACUCUUAUCACAGCCGACAGGAUUACCAGCAUCGGGACCACUGCUCUCGCAGCCAACCGGUAUGCUCGGUGGGUCGUUUGGCACAUUUGGCGCUCGACCAUCAUUCCAGAAUACCACCAUGCAACCAGUGCAACCGAACCCAACAGGAGUGUUUGCUCAAUCACCAUUCAACAAUGUGGUUUCUACACCACCGCCCGUUCCUUCAUUAUACUCUCAACCGAGCACUAGUUCUAACAUAACACCGGCAAAUAUAUUUGCUCAGAUGAAAUCGGGAACGUUUGCCAGUGGAAACGAGCAUUCCGGACCUCAGCAGGCGGAGACAUAUAAUGCUCUGCGCGUAAAUCGAUUCGUUUCACAAACUACUGGAUGGGGAUUUCAACCUAACAACGGAUUUCAACCGAGUGGAUAUACGGGAUACUAG